CCAACAGGGUCUCACUGAGGGUCCCUCACUGGGAAGCUGGGGGGCUGGGGAGAGGUCCAGUGCAAGCAAUAAUAGAGAAAGGGCAGGGCCUGCCCCAUCACCUGGAUUCCAGAGAUGCCACUGAACCCCAAGGCCCACCCAGGACUGGAUCCUGGAUGGGGAACGGCAGAGAUGGAAGGGAGAACCCAGGGAAGAAGGAAGAAGGAAUGCAGGCAGAGCCACGACACAGGAAACUGGUGUGAUGGCUGGGAGUCCGCACUCUUGGGCAGGCUUCCUGGCUUAUUCCACACACGGAUGCCUUUGGGACGACAGCGUGAUGCUAUAGAGGAUGACAGAACUGGAGGGUUCACUGCCGAUCACUUAUUUUGGCCAUUUAUUUGAUCUGAGAUGGAAGAACCUGAAACCCCCCAGAAGGUGUCUAGUAGGGUUACUUUGGUAUCUGACCCAGCCAUGAUGCCGAUGGCUAGUUCAGACACAACAGCUGUGUGUCUCUUUGCAGGAGCCUGGGGAGGGGCCAUGGUGCCAAGCCAGUCGUGGGGGAGACUGGAGAAGCCACUUGUCUACCUGUGCUGCGUCUCCUUCCUCCUGGGGCUGGCUUUGCUGGGCAUAUGGCCAGGCAUUGUCCCUGCUGCUUCUUUCUUUCUGACCUUGGGUGGCUUCUUCCUGUUUGCCUGCCUCCUGGCCUGUUUUCUGGAGUGGGCAUUCGGAUCUGUGCGGCCGGAGAGCCCGGGGGCCUCAGGCAGUGCUCGGGACAAUGAAGCCUUCGAGGUGCCAGCCUAUGGAGAGGCUGUGGUGUUGCAGUCACAGGGCUGCCCCCAAGAGUUGGAUCAGCCGCCUCCCUACAGCAGUGUCGUCAUUCCCCCAGGACUUGUGGAGGGACAGCCUUGCCAUGCACAGGGGCCCAGGAGAGCCCAGGUGGAAAGGCGAGUGGGCUCAGAGGGGUCUAUGACCCCAGGAAGCCCUGGAAGAGCUCCGAUCAGCCUUCGCCUUCGGGGACCACGAGCCAUGUCCACGGCUCCUGAUCUGCAGAGCGUGGCCACACUCCCGCAACUGGAGCCUCUCACUCCGCCCCCUGACUAUGAUGUCAGUUUUGGUCACCCUGAUGAUGACGAUGUUUUCUAUGAAGACGACUGGACACCCCCCUAACGGACUUUCCCAGGAUAUGUCAUCUGUCUGUGCCAGACCUACUGGGUCAUUUGAGCACAUUUCCCAGUGCCUUCAGAAACUUCCUGAGCGGGGACUUUAACCCAGCGGGGAGUCAGGCUAAGGUAAGCCCUUCCCGGCUGAAAUGUAGGUGGUGCGAUUUGAAUUUCCAGGCAACAUUCAGAAACUACCCAUAUCCCCUAUCUCCUGAGUGAGACUGAGGGCAAGAGGAGGGGUGACCCAGAGAAUCUGGGGAAGGAUGAAAGGGAUCAGCAUCUGAGUGACAAUUAUGUUGCUUCUGUUUCCGGUGCUCUGCUUCUAAUAGAUCCCUUGUGCUUCCCAGCCUUGUGAGGUAGUAUUAUCCUCAUUUGAAAAAUGAGGAUUCCAAGGAUCCGAGAAAUGGAUUUGCACAGGGGCACAGUGCUAGGAAAUGGCAUAAAAAUAACUUAAACUCUGCUGUUCGGAUCCCAAAGCCUAUCACGUUCCUUCUCAAAACACGGUAGCCAGGCCAUCCGCACACCUCUCAUUCUGCCUUGGACAACUGGGUGAGGGCUGGGAGACUUCGUGUAGACGGAAUGGGGGACCGUGUGUCUGUAGACCGGGUGGACCGAGUGUGACCAAGAGCGUGCCCAGCCCCCAGGAGGAGCAAAGCUCUGAUGGCCCCUGCUCCACGUGUAAAGCAGUUCUGUCCCAGGGGCUAGAGAGUAGUGCCCAGCGAAGGGUCCCCAUCCUGUGGGGAAGCAGUGGAGUAAAACUGCCCUACGGUUGGGGUCUUCCCGUUUUGAGAAUGGUGGUAGGUGGGUCAGCAGGGAUAGAGCGUGAGCUUCUUGGCUGGGGUGGCGGAGCACCCAAGGAUCCUUAGUCAUCCGAGGUGACAACUGGAAUCCCUUGCCCUGACUCUAAUCGCUUCGGCCUCACCCCUUCACGUGGACCUCUAGGGUUUAAUCCCAGCCCCCGGCCUGCUUCCUCAGAUCCCAACAAAAGACCCGAUGGUCUGGAACCACGUUCUGCGGCUGUGCUGUAGGUUUCAGCCAUCGGGAGGGGCUCAAUCACCGCUGCCCCACCCUUCUCUGGGGUGCGCUCCCCACUCAAGGCUUCAGUCAUAGCGCGGGUAUCCGUCGGGCGACUCCUAGUGCUCUCCGCCUCCUUACCCUGGCCCCAAUAUUUCAAUAAAGUAACAAGUCGGCCA